AUGUCGUUUGGUCAGUUCUGUCCUGAACAGGAGAUCUGGGGCAAAUCAGAACUCGUGCCCAGGAUGGACGUGCCUGAACCUUCAGUGGAUAUGGGCGCGAGUCCCGUUAUACGACUCGGAGGCAGCCAUAAACCGGAUACUCACAUAACCGGGAAACGCCGACUUCAGCCGAAAUCGGGCGUGAAUUCCGUUCUGAUGUCGGACGCCAUGCCCACCCAGACCCUGCACAAGGAAGUGUGUACGGGGUGCCAGCGGCCAAUCGAAGACCGUUUUCUGCUCAAAGUGAUGGAGAACUCGUGGCACGAACACUGUCUCCAAUGCGUCGUCUGCCAAAUCCCUCUCACUGGCUCGUGCUUUGCACGCGACCGGAAGCUGUACUGCAAACACGACUACGAAAAAAUUGUGGCUCCGUGA